GAAAGUGAAAGCUAUUGAAAAAAGACGACUCUUCCCGGUUGUGAGGUGUUUUUUAAACUUACCAGAUAUCGUUGAAUCGCCGACCUGUAUCUCAGUAGACCAGCAAGUGUCCUUUGUUAAACCAGGAUGUCUCUGCAGUUUUUUGGCUGGGACGUGACCUAUGAUGAUGACUCACCUCGUGUGGAGCUGGGAGCCUCUCAGACGCCCAAAGACAGCAGUGUGUACACCAUGUACCACGGCACCAGCCUUCCCAGUGCUCGGCUCAUCAUUGCCAAUGGCUUUGUGCAGUCACAAGGUGGCAUGCUGGGAAAGGGUGUGUAUGUGAGUCGGGACAAAAAGAAAGCAGAACGUUACCCAUUAAAAAGUAAUCCUUCAGACCGCGUGGUCCUCGAGUUACGUGUGCAGGUGGGUCGUGUCAAGCGCAUCGACCAGGACAACCAUCCUAUGCAGUACACUUGGAGCAGCCAGGGUUACGACACGGCCUGGGUUCCCCCCAACUGUGGCAUGAGGGCGGUUCCCAGCGGCCUGGAGGAGGAUUGUGUGUUUGACCCUAAAAGAAUUGAGGUGGUAGGAAUCUCAAAGGCACCAGACACGGCACUGAUGGAGCUCCAGCAGCUUGUAGCAAAGAGAAAUGCUGCCAGAGACGGGAGUGCAGCAUCACAGUGUGGUGGUGCUGUGGAUGUGUGCGCUCUGUGUAAGAGAAAGACACAACAGGGCUCUCCACACAUCAAGCAGCAAUGCUGGGGCUGCGGGCAAAACAUCUGCACCCUCAUGACCAAGCAUGUUUGUCCAGUGGGCAACUGAGAGUGCCUGAAACACAGUGAAACUUGGGACAGCCGAUACAUAUUUUACUACAGUGAUGCAAAAUAAAUAUGCUUGACUUUGUACUUUUAUUUCCUCAGGGCUUCUUUGUUUCCUCUCUUUUUUGUACAUGGGACCUCUUAAUUUUUCUGUAAACCAUUUAGUAUGAAUCAAAGAACAGUUAAUGAUGAAGGCCUUCUAGUUCACCAGAAUUUAUGCCUCAUUAAAGUUAUAUGGGAUAAGGUUUUGUACAAUCAAUAUGAGACAAUCUUGUUGAUCAAACUGCCUUUAUUUCAGCCUGAUGCACACAUUUGUUUACAUUAUUACAUCCUAAAUAUGUGCCAAAGCGCAUGAUUUUGAUUUGCUGAAUUCAUUUGAUUUCCUGCUCAUACAAUAAUGUAAAAUCAUUAUGUUAAGCCAAUAAAUGUCAUGUUUAUGA